AUGUCCCGCCGCGACGAGUACUUCGAUCCAACGAACCCAUUCGAUGCGGGAACAUUCAACCAAUUUAUCUCCUACUUUGGAAACGCCCAAACCUUCGACGUUACAUCAAUAUCAAACGCUCGUGCCCGACACAUUCAGCAGAUGAGCUUGCUCAAUCCGACAAUGAACGUUACGGAGGCGAGGGAAGGAACAUCGGCCGGAGAAUGCGCCUUCAUGCUGGCUGUUUGGGGAAGCCCGGACAACCCAGUAGCCAAGAGGUCAUACUUUGAGUAUUUCUUCCGGAACGAGAGAUUUCCAGUGGUGCUGGGCUGGUCCCCGACCGACACUGCGCUCACGGUUCCGACACUUUUGCAAAUCGCCCAGGACAUAACUGACGCUAGUCCUGCCGGUGUUCCGCUGACAUUCGCGCCGAAAGCGGCUUCUUGA